AUGACAGCGCCGACGAUCGCGGCGCCGCUGGGGCUCAAGCUCUCGUACUUUCGCCGGUUCAUCGAGCUUCAUGGCGGCGAGGCGUCGUUUGAGGGCUUGACGACCGCGCAAGUGUGCUUCAAGUACGUCGUGCCAUUCACCGAGACGUCCGGUCAGUCGCUCGUCGAGCACGUCCGGCUCCACACCGCCGACGCCGACUACGUGCAGCCAUCGAAUUGGUACAUUAGCCACGCGUGGCUGUACACGUUUACCGAGACGCUCUCGUCGCUCGAGCUCUUCUUCGCGGCCAAGCGCAUCCACGAUCCCGUUGUGUGGUUCUGCGUCUUCAACAACAACCAGCACGAAGCCAAGGACUACCCGUUCUCGUGGUGGCAGUCGACGUUCAAGGACUCGCUCGCGGCCAUCGGCAACGUCGUCAUGAUCAUGCACCCGUGGAAGAAUCCGAUCACGCUCACGCGGGCGUGGUGCGUCUUUGAGGUCUACGUCGCCAUCUCGGUCGGCGCCAGCUUUGACGUGGCGCUCGCGCCGGCGCAAGCCGAUAGCUUCUUCCUCGACAUGACCAACGACAAGAUCGACGCGCUCUACGAGAUGCUCGGGAGCAUCAACAGCGAGAACGCCCGCGCGACCGUCGGCACCGACAAGACGAACAUUGACGCGGUGAUUGCAGCCGAAAUCGGCUUUGCGGCGCUGGACCGCAUGGUCUUUGACGUGCUCGACAACUGGAUGCAGUCGGCGCUGCGUGAGCGCAUUCACAAGUCGCAAGGGUCUCUGGAUGCCGCCAAGUACAACGCCGCCCUCGCGGGUCUCCUCUGUUACCAGUGCCACUUUGACCAAGCCGUCGCACCCUGUGAGGCGGCGCUGCAGCUCAACGACGACGCCAUGUGCUUUCGCAUGCAGGCCAAUACGCCGACGAGCAGCUGCGAGAUGGAGCUGCAUAAGGACUCGACGGCCAUCGUGCAGGUGCAGGUCGAAGCCACGAUCGCCGCGAGCUUCCAAUGGACGCUGCUGCAAGCCGGUCUCCAAGUCCUCCCCGUCGCGUCCGAGUCGUUCUUGCGCGUGAACGCCCAAGGCUUUUGCUCGAUCCAGCACAUGCUCUUGCUCGGAAGCCACCGCGCGUUCGUCGACGUCCUCCUCUGCCCCGAUGCAGCGUGA